AACUGUUCUAUGAUACAGUGGUAGCCGUUCCUCUAAAACCUUUAAACCAAAGAAGAACAUUCCCGAGGGUUCUCACCAGUAUGAGCUCUUAAAGCAUGCAGAGGCCACACUUGGCAGUGGAAACCUCCGGAUGGCUGUCAUGCUUCCUGAGGGGGAAGAUCUCAAUGAGUGGGUUGCAGUGAACACUGUAGAUUUCUUCAAUCAGAUCAACAUGCUGUAUGGAACAAUCACAGAUUUUUGUACUGAAGAAAGUUGUCCGGUGAUGUCAGCAGGCCCAAAAUAUGAGUAUCAUUGGGCAGAUGGAACAAACAUAAAGAAGCCUAUUAAGUGCUCUGCACCAAAGUAUAUUGAUUACCUGAUGACUUGGGUUCAGGACCAGUUGGAUGAUGAGACAUUAUUUCCAUCAAAAAUAGGUGUCCCAUUCCCGAAAAAUUUCAUGUCUGUGGCAAAAACUAUACUCAAACGCCUCUUUAGGGUUUAUGCUCACAUUUAUCAUCAGCAUUUUGACCCUGUGAUCCAGCUUCAGGAGGAAGCACAUCUCAAUACAUCUUUCAAGCACUUUAUUUUUUUUGUCCAGGAAUUCAACCUUAUUGAUAGAAGAGAACUUGCACCACUCCAAGAACUGAUUGAAAAACUCACCUCAAAGGACAGAUAAAAGGAUGCAGAGCUGGCAAAUUGUUCCUCAAAUGAAGCUGUGUGGAGUGUAUUUGGAUUUUAUUGUAUUUUAUUUUUAUCUUGGUUGUUUUUGUGUUAGGUUUGGGGGAUUUGUUUGGGCUCCUUUUUCUUUAUUCUGAAUAAAUGAAACCAUAUUCUAUUGCUAGAGGAAGCCAAGAACAUACAUUUGAUAGGGAUAAAUUUUGUCUUAGUGGCAUACAGUAUUUUUUUUUAACUUGGGGGAACUUUUGAUAAUAUUGUAUGUUGAAAGAAAAUGCUUAUUGAUUGGACUGCUGAUGGAUGGGGGUUCUCCAUUGUGCAAAUUGUGGCAGAUUUUUGAAAUCCCCAAAAGACUUAUGUUUUUAAGUGCCUUGGCAGGCUCACUUCUGAGGUGCAAAGCACAGACACAGAACUGAACAGGGCUUGAAACAAUAUUAGGAUUACUACCCAGGGCACUUACUGAUGCAUGUUUUAAAAUAUCUAUUGAUAAAAGCCAUAAUUUACCUAAAUUGGUGAUCUCCAGCUUUUACUACAUUAAAGAAACACAAUUUGUAAAGGUGUGCAUGUAGAGCAUAAAAAAUUAGUAUUUCUUAAUUAUUUUUGAUAUUACGGUAAUUCUGUUCAACAGAUGCUUAAAGUUCUACAAGCAGGUCUUUUCCAUCUCUUGAUAUCUGUGAUAUUGAAACUUGAAGAUGUUGAAAUGUAAUACCCAUUACAUUUUGGCUUCUUUCUACAUGUUAACUGCACUGUAGGUGUGAAAAUUCAGGUUAUAUAGAGGUUUGCCAUCUUCAGAGGUGAUGCUGAACUGUGAGGUUUCUUAGCAAUUGCCAAAUGAGCCAUAAGUCUGCAGAAUCCCCUUCUACUUUGAAGAGGAGGGGAUAGGAGUGUGUGUUUGGUUGGGGGGAGGUGGGGGUUAGUUUGUAUGGGACAUUAUGGAUGGGAUUAAAUAUGAGGAGUCAAAUUCAAGAAAGCCCUGUCUCAGAACCCUUGAGUAGAAUGGCAUGAAGAUUUUAAUCAGUACCUUGUAAACAAAGUCUUAGAGACUUCCUUUUAGGAAUCGACUUCCAUGAGAAGUUAAAAAUAAAUUAUUAAUUUUAGGUAUAGAUAUAAACAUGGAAUUUAAGGACUGUUUAGGGAAAUUGAUCACUUUCCAGCAUUUCCAUUCAGUGAAUGGAGCUGGUGUUUGCCUGUCAUUUUAAAAUGAUACAGUACCUUCUUUGCUUAUUUUAGGCCCAAUUUGAAGUAUUCUGACUUCUGAUUUUUCCACUGUGAAAGGAAAUCUUUUUCUGUGCAGUGAUAUCAAACAAAGUGCUAAAUUAGUAGUUAUUAACUUUUACAUUUUUUUUUGCCAUGACUCUCUAGUGAACUAUUCCUGUAAGUAAAAAGUUCAGAAACUUAGUUUUUAAAAUAAAUAUUAAUGUUUUUCACUUUGGUGUUACUCUUGAGAAAUGUCCUUUUUAGACUUCCAGUUUUAAUUUUGUCAUUGCUAGUAAAUCUGUUUUCUUCACUUAGAAAUAUAUCCUCUUCCUUCAGUUAGAAAUAUAUACUUUUCUCCUUGUAGAAUAGAAAUCUUGCUCUGAAAUUGUAUAGACUAAAAACAGUAGAAAAGAAUCUAAGAUGAAAUCAGUUUGUUUUUACCAUUAACAUGUAGAGCAGUGAUACAGUUUAAUGCCAUUACAAUUAUGAUCAUUAGGAACUGCCUUUUUCUCCAUUUCAUUUCUAGCAAUCAUUCUCCAAGUACCAACAGUAGAAGUAACAGGAAAGCCUGGCAGAAACAAAUAAUACUGGACAUUCACUGGCAAUACUUAAUAAACUUCAGUGAGAACUAGCUGAUUUCCUUAAAACAAAUCUUUUAGUAUGCAUAUAUGUAAUAUCAGCCACUGUGGUUUGAUUCACAAAUAAAAUUUGGUAUCUAGUGAUUCUUUGGUCCUAUCUAACUAGGAAAAUGAACCACAUGAUUAUUCAAGUAGUCUUCCAUACUGCAUCUAACCUCAUAUCAACCUAGUAAUCAAGGGGUUGCAAUAGCCAAGUGUGGAGAGAAAAGUGAGAAAUUGUUUUUGCUCAUUUAAGCCUUAUACAGUAGUACACUGUACACAAUUGUUAUUAUAAAUUAAUGUUUAGUAGUAGGACCUACUUUUCCACUCUAUGUAGAUGAGUUUCUUGUCACUGUGCCAGAAUCUCAGGUGCCUGCUUCUGAGUAUUCCUUUAAACAGAGGUAUUGGGAAGUAAGGAGAUAUGUAUGUGUAUAUACAGUAACAAAGUAGAGACAUUCUCCCAGGGAGAGGCCUGGCAUUGUACAUGGUGUUAUGUGGGUGCAAGUAAGGAAACACCACAGCAUGUGAGAAAUAACUGAUUUAAAAAAAAAAAAGUUGCCUUGAUUCAUUUGGUUUCCAUGAUCAUUAGUAAGAUCCCCUUUAUAAAAUAAGGAUCAAAUCUUGGUUUUACAAUAGAGUUUGCUUGUAAACACCUCUUGGAUUCUUUCCAGAUCUCUUUAUGUAAUUUAUAAAUAACUGGGAUAAUGCUCUGCCCCACCCCCUACUCUUCAUACAGAGAUAUGAAGCAGAAGUUGUUUUCUCAUCUGCUAAUGAAAGCAUAAAAUAUAAAGUAGUAAGUUAACACAGUAUAAUUGUCACAAUGCUUUGUUUAAAUGUUGAUAUGGAGAAACUUAGGAAUUCUUUUAAAUGGUAGAGUAAUGGUGGUGGAGAGAAAUUAACAGGAAAGAGUGAAAAUCUUUUCAUUAGCUGUAGGUGGUGCUACUGGUUUUCAUUUGCUGGCUUAAUUCUGUUUUCCACAAAAACCAUGGCAUUAGGCUGCACUAAAACAGUAAGGAUAUGGUCGUCAGCUGGUAGAGAAUUUGGAGGUCAGUUUACCUUAAAUAGAAAAAUUUUAGAUUUUUAUCUCUUUGUACCAUUGUUUGUCGUUUGUAAAUGCUAAAUGGUCAGCAUAAAAUUAGGUAGGAGAAGGCAUGUUUGGUGUCUAAUAAAUGUGUCUCAGUGUAAGUUACUGCCUGGCUAAUCAGGAAGGAGAAAGCACUGCAUCUCUUAUAUUCAGGAAUUACAGAUAAUGUAGAUAUCUGUAUUUUACAUGUAAUCAUCACACUCCAUUUUCUGUAUUAGCAUUUUUCUUGCUUAUGGAAAAUAGCAAAAUGACAGAUUUCUUUUAUACCUUUGUCUACACCCUCUCUGAGAGAGGUUUUGAUAACCACUGAAAUGGUGAAGUAUAUGAGGUACAAUUCUUAAGUUGUAGGACUUCUUUUUAAAAUAAGUGUCAUAUCUUAAACAUCCAGGUGAGAGUUGAUCUUCAGAGUGUUUUCUUUGGCAGGUCUACUUCUAGCAAUGCUGCAAAGGUAUAAGUGUUUUGGGAACACUUUCAGAAAUCCCUUGAGAAUCGGUUUAUGACUUUGCAAGAAAGUUUAUUUUAUCAUUUUAGUUGAACCGAAAACUUUACUGGAAGCUUAAUAUGACCUGUCUCACUCACCAAAACAACUCUACUUGGCUGUUUUCUUAGAACUAAACUGUUACGGACAUUCAAAAGACUGCCAUGGGCUCUGAAUUUGCAGAAGAAAAUGUUUUGAGCAUUGAUUUGUAGCAUCGUUUAAUAAAGGAGUAGUUUCCUGAUGUCACUACUUUGAAGUAGACAGUAUCAUUUGGAUGUAUAAGUUUUAUUUUAUUUUUAAAAAUUUAAUUAUUUUACAGUUAAAUAUAAUUUAAAAAAUCAAAGUCUUUUUAAAAUUUUCUGUUUUUUGUUCCUUUCUCUGAUAACUUUUGGAUCAUACCUUGAUUACUGUAGGGUAGUUUUGAUUGAAUGGAUAGUAAAAAAAACCCAAAAAAACCCCAAUAUUUAAGAUAGGAGUAGCUUAAGGAAACAACUUACCUCCAUCCCUUUUUUUUAAACUUACUUUCACUCAAACGAACAAUUUAAAGAGUGGAGGUCAUUGUACAAAGAAAUUGGAAUACAUUUUGUGUAUUAAUUAUGCUGAAUUAAAGUGUGUAUCACAGAUAUAAUAUUUCAAAUUGUAUAAUCAUUUUAUAUGUCAUUUAUAACUAACAUUUUGAACAUCUUUUUAAAGAUACAGGACAAGAAGUAUAUUUGUCACUACAUACCAAGAGGAAAACCUAUUUUGAAACUUACCUGGGAUAUUAAGGAAUAUACCAAUUCCUAGAAACACUAUUCUAGAUCUAUACUUGAAGGACCACUCCUAAAAUAAUUUAAGUAUCAGAGUUUUGUCAUAAUAUUAAGUAUCACCAUAGGAAUUAAGCUAUCAGUUUAAUGGUGUAUGAGAUACUUAUUUAGAGGUAAAGCUAUUUCAAGAUUUAAUGGAAAAGUUUAAUUUUGAGAUAUAACAGUUCUGACUGCAGACAAUUUGAAUUUUUGAGGCUUUCCUAAUGAGCUCAUCAUGGAGAAAAAUUCAUUUUUGAAAGUAUAAAACUGUGCUCCAUGUCUGCCACUUGUAGCUCAACUGGAACUUAAACUUUGACAAAAGAGAGAAAGUAACAUUAAAAUACUGACUACUCUCAGUUUUGCAAGUGUGAUGCAAAUUUCUUUUCCUAUUAAAAUACUAUACAAUAGAAAACUUUGGAUUACAAUUCUCAGAGCGAACUCACUGGCCUUUCCAAGCUGUAUGUUUACCUGUCAUCUUCUACACUGCCCCCACCCCGUACCCCUGCAACACACACACAGACAUGAAAAACAAAACAGGUUGAUUGUGUAGGUCCUCAUUGUUAGUGAUUCUGAAGUAAUUGCUGUCAGUACAUAGUUUGCAGCUGAAGUGUUGAAAGAUACAACUUAACAUAAGCAUUUUUGGUUGUGGUUGAUGGCUUGCUUUCUGUCACAUAAGCUGAGAUUAUGAGUGAUAUAAUUUUAAAAUUUUAAUAUUUAAUUUCUGUUACAUAUUAUUAAAUUCUUAUAUGUGUGGGUGUUUCUUACAGAUUUGCACGUUUUCAUUUUUUUUGUUUACUUAAUUGUGCAGGUUGUGAAAUAGAUUAACACAUUUUCAUUUUAAGAACACUUCUCUCCUUAAAUUGUUCUGCAGAGAUAACUAUUUUUAGGGGAAAUAGUUUUUUACAGCCACUAAAUUGUAUUUCUUAUUUUUGUACAUGCAUAAGUAGGUUGGUAAUGGCACUAAUCUUGUGAGGAAAACUUUUAUUUUAUUUGAACUUUUCCUAUACAUUACUACUUAAAAUAAUCUACCAACAGCAUCAUGAAAUCUAGGUUGAGAGAGAGUACAAUAAACAUGAGACCACUUAAAGUUUGAAUAGGAUCAUUUCUGAGGACAAAACUGCCAGUGCCAGAAAUGGAAGCAAGAGGCAGCACUCACACUGCAAGUAUUGUAGAACAUGAGUAAGGACAGGACCCUGCUCUCCUGGAGAUGGACAGUUCCUCUAGUAAAGUAGCUGGAAGGGAAAAAAAUGGUCUAACACCUGAAAUGCAGUGUGGGCGCCAUAUUGUAAACUGUGCCAAGAUUACUCAAAUUGUUGUCGUCAUUGAUCAAACUUCAAUUGCUUCGUCAUUUUUGUUUUAAAGGAGGAUACUGAAUAUCAGAGAAUCUGUAAUAUGUUUUAACUGAGAGAUGUAAAUAAUGUAUACAGACUUGUAUGUGAUGGGAUUGGAAAUAUUUAAAUUUUAGGGUUUUUUUAAAGGAAGAAGCUGAAUGUUUAUUUAAAAAUAAUAAUAAAUAGUUAUGUUUGGCCAUGAA